AUGAGCACGACCAGCGAUUUCGUCGGAUUCCACCACGCCUGCUUCCCCCACCUCCUCUCCUCCGUCAUCGACAAUGCCGACUACGCCACCCUCCUCGCCCUGCGCCAGACCUCCUCCACUGUCGGCGCAGAGGUCGACCGCCGUCUCUUCCGUCAUGCGCUCGUCCAGCGCCCCGCUUGGCCACCAGCUGCCUCGCCCCUCUUCGUGGGCAACGGCGACCUGAACCCCGCCACCGGCUCUAGCUCGAAGCUCUCGCUCCCGAUCCCGGCCGGCGACAGCGAGGGCGAGAAGGCGCGUCUUUCCCGCGUGCUGCAGCAGGUCCGCAUCGUCGACGACGUCAGCGGCGGCAUCCUCGUCGGAUGGCGCAAGGAUCUGGCACCGAGCGUGGUGCGCCGCAAGGGUCUCGCGGAGGCGACGCUGUCUGCCCCGAGCCUGAUCGAUGCCGUCGACGUGCCGUACUCGGCGAACGCGAACUGGGCCGUCACCGCCUCCAUGCAGCGCGUUCCGGAGGGUGUGCAGCGCUACGCCGCCCACAUUCGCUGCCUCGCCCCGCCCGAGUCUGGACCCCGCGGCCCCGCGCACGUCAAGUUUGGCUGCGCCCUGCCCUCUUCUGUCGAGGAGGUUUCGCUCCUCUUCAGCACGGUCGGCGAGGAGGACUUCAACCCCAUGCACUUCUACGCCCCCACCGAGGGGAAGGCGACUCUCCUCUCCCUACUCGUGGAGCAGGUCGCUGCCGACCUCCUCCUUCACCCGAGUCGCACCUUCGCCUUCGUCGGUCUCGAGUCCCUCCCCGGCCGCAUCUACGACGCCCAGUUCGGCGACGAGGACGUUGCUGAGAACUUCCUCGAGCGGCUGCGGGAGCAGAUUGAGUGCAACGCCGACGCCGAGGAGACGGAACGCAUCCUCGAGCGCGUCAAGAUCAUGACGAAGGAGUCUUACCGCGCCCAAGUGGGCGAGGAGCGAUUCGCGCUCGAGGCGGGAUGGAACGGCGUCGCGGGCGCUCCCCGCGUUCUCUGA